CGCGAUUCCAAAGCAUACAUACAAGUUGUUUUUUGACCGUAAACUAAGUGUUUGCAUCAGAAACUUUUUAAAUUUUGUGUGUGUAAUUUUCAAAGCGGAGACGUUGUCAUGCAUGUAAAUAAUCAAGAGAUCAAAGAGUGUGUCGAUUUGCGUGCAUGUGCCUACACAAAUUGGUACAAAAAAUUCAGAAAACUUACAUUCGAUUCGGUAUGCAUUCCACUGCCCCAAGAAAUUGUGAAAUACCUUCUCGAUGAAAUAAUUAUACUGCCGAAAGAAUGCUACAGUAACGAUGAGGAAGGUGCAUUUGAGGAUGACAAUGGUGCAGCCGGAGGCAACGAUGAUGACGAUGAUGAGGACGAUGUUGUGCAACCGGAAUUCCCUGAGUUCAGCCAAACUCUGGCCAGUGCCGUUUCUCGCCUCGGCGGUGCUGUCUUUGUUAAAACCAAUUGGAACAGCCCAAAAGAUGCAUUUUGGAUUACCGCCGGUCAGACGAUGUGUUGCAAGGACAUCACCGACAUUUAUCAACUGCUAAAAGCAUCCGGUAUUUGCAAAGAGGAUUUGGGCUGUCAUAACCUACCCAUCUUCGAUUUGGAACCAUUGGCUGAUGCAUGCAGCAGUACCGAUACGGACAGCAGCGAUAGCAGUGCAUCUAAGGAGAACAAUCAGUUUUUAAUAUUUAAAAAGUGGCAUGACAUCCAUCCGGGCACAGAGUUCCGAUGCUUUGUACGAAACAAGAAAUUGAUCGCUAUUUCACCGAGAGACUGGCCACAAUACCAUGAGUAUAUCAGCACACAACGUGUCAACAUUGUAAAUGAUAUUGUCAGUAUUUUCAAGGAGCACAUCAAACCAAAGUUUCCACUUUAUGAUUAUGUUUUUGAUGUAGUCCGAGAUACUAAAGAUCGCGUUUCUUUGUUGGAUUUUUCGCCAUUCAGUGAAAAGCACUCCGAAUCAUUGGCAUUUGAAUGGAAUGAACUGUUGGACGAUUGUGAGACAAUCGAUGAAGAUGAUGAGGAGGAAGAAGAUCCAGAAUUUCGAUAUCUCAACUCAGACUGUGGCAUUCAACCAAGUAAACGAAAUAACUAUGGCAUCCCAAAGGAUGUGAUUGACAUGUUUCGUGCAUCGUCAAGCAGCAGUUCCAACGAACAAACCUCUACUGAACCUCCGAACACUUUGGACGAUGUCAUCAACAAUCGCCUAGAAAAUAUAUUUCUGAAUCAACCUGAUGACGAUCGACAGACUACUUAAUCUACUUGGAAUCAAAUGUUCACAUAAAAUAUUCUUUUAGAUGCAUUAAUUUUACGUUAUUCUUUUGAAUUUUUAACGAAUUUCCAUGGAAAUUCUAUACAUCAAUUGAUGUUCAAGUAAAAAUGAAGAAAAAAGUCAA